AGAGUGGGAGAGGGGGAGGUGAAGACAGCUGGGCAAACUGCAUCUCUGCCAGGCUGCUUUCCUUCCGCCUUGUUUUUUCUCAGCCGGAGUAGUUUGGCAAGACUGCUCUGGGUGCCUCUGAGCCCUUCUUGCAACGCCCAGGCGAGUGGGGUGUAGUGUUGGCGGCCAGGCACCUGGCCCUCCCUUAGCCGUGCUAGCGCAGUCCUAGGACAGGACAUGUCAAGCGGCAACAGCCCCGGGGGCCCUGCUGCCCUGGACUUUCCAGAAGUCCUGAAGUCCCUGCUGGAGUACUCCUUACCCUGGACCAACAAGAUGACAGAUAAAGAGAAGGAGAAGAUAAAGCUUGAGGAAGAUGAGGCAGCAGCUGCCAGCACUAUGGCAGUCUCAGCUUCCCUUAUGCCACCCAUUUGGGACAAAACUAUUCCUUACGAUGGCGAGUCUUUUCACCUGGAGUACAUGGAUCUGGAUGAGUUCCUGCUGGAGAAUGGAAUUCCUUCCAGCCCUACUCACCUGGAUUUGAACCAGAAUCCACUCUUGCCUGUGGCUGAGCUGGAAGGAAAGGAGUCUGCCAGUGCUUCCACUGGUUCUCCUGCAUCAUCCUCUUCUACUGCAGUUUACCAGCAAUCUGAAGCAGCCUCCAGCACAGAGUCCCCACCACAAAAUGAGAGAAAUACUCCCAGCCCCAUUGAUCCUGACUGCGUAGAAGUUGAGGUGAAUUUUAACCCUGACCCUGCUGAUUUAGUGUUGUCCAGCGUGCCUGGUGGUGAGCUCUUCAAUCCUCGCAAACACAAGUUUACUGAAGAGGACCUGAAACCACAACCAAUGAUUAAAAAAGCCAAGAAGGUUUUUGUCCCAGAUGAGCAAAAGGAUGAAAAAUAUUGGACAAGGCGAAAGAAGAACAAUGUGGCAGCUAAGCGUUCCCGUGAUGCUCGGCGAUUAAAGGAGAAUCAGAUUACAAUUCGGGCAGCCUUUCUUGAGAAAGAAAAUACAGCCCUGAGGACGGAGGUCGCAGAGCUGCGCAAGGAAGUGGGACGAUGCAAGAACAUUGUUUCUAAAUACGAGACCAGAUACGGACCCUUGUAAGCACACCCCUUUUCCUUGUUAGGGCUCCUUGUUUUAGCCUCUUAGACUUCUCUGCCUUCUGUAGAGACUCCCAGAAAUAAAGUUUGUGGAGGCUUUGCCAUUUUGCAUCUACACAAAAAAACCCCACCCAAACCCUGUUUCUAUUGGCAAAACUUGUUCAGGCCCUUUCCUGAUCAUUGUGUUGCCCAAAAUCUUAGUGUCCAUAUUUACAACUUUGUUUUUAACACUGAUACAGCAUUUUCUGAUGUCAUACAAUAGAACAGAUUCACCUGUAUGGAGGAAUAGAUGUGGAUCCCUCCUGACUGGACAGGGCUUUUGCUAUCUGUUCUAAGCUCCAUUUUAAGUGGAGAAAGAGCCUAGGAGACUCUCCUUGCUUUUUUCUUUUUUUUCUUUUUAAACUCCUGCUCUUUUCUCCCUUUCCACCCCCACCCUGCCCCUCCCAGUCAAAUUGUAAAACAUAAUUUUAAGAUAUAAGUAGAUGUUGCUGGGCAGCAUCAUGAAAUUAUUUCCUCUCCCAUUCAGAGGCAUUAGAAAGUACCUGUUGUAUUAGUACUCUGUUCCUGUUGAAGAGGAAUAGGAACCUUUAGGACAGGAAGACAGGAAAAUAUUCAAUCUCUUGUAAAAACUGAGGUAUCUUGAGGUUAAUGCACAAGUGUUAUGCAGACCAGAGUCAGUGCAGUGUUGAUUAAAAUACUGCUCAAACGUCUUGGUAGAUUCUAAUCCUGGAUAACUUCCAGAAACUAAGGAGAGAGAACAGUAGGGGAUCUCUCACUUUACAAACACAGACAAAACAAUUUGCUGUGGGUUUUGGCUGUAUUUCUGCCACCACCCCUCCUUUUUUUUUUUUUUCCUUGGGGGGACUUCCCUCUAGAACUGCUGAUAAAGCAGCAUGUUACAUUUAACUGAGAAGUAAGGGAGAUUUAGAAAAAGAGGUCUGGCUCAUUAGGCUGAACCUUGAGUCCCAUCUGUUAAGGAAUUGCCAGUACCUUAUGCUUUGGAAGAAAGUGGGUUUUUUAAGAAGCAAACAAGCCACUGUUACUUUACUGCACCUUACCUGUUGUACAAGAGCUUGAGAGAGAGUUUUGGUCCUUUGCCUCGUGAACACUCUAUGGAACAAGCUACACCCACUCUAAACACGAACAGUUUACCUCACUAUCUCCUGUGUAGCAGCAUAUCUGGUCUCUCCAAGCCUGCUGGUUCUCUCUCCAGCAUGUUUCCUGUUACAAAAUUAGCACACAAGACUUGCCCUCUUGGAAGUAAUCCAUUCUCAGCACCAAGCACUGCUUCAACAGUAUGUGGUGUUAAAAGAAAAAAUACGUUGUGUGUGAUGUUGGGACCUUCUACAUGACCUACAACUGCAAGAACCAGAAGCUUUAACAGAAGUAUAUGUCUAGAAGUCCUCUUAACAAAAGAAGCUGUCGUAGGAUAGUGGCUGUGUCAGAACUUUUAGACUACACUUCCUGGGCUAAUAUUAGGGAGUAAAUGUGGGAUAGAAGAUGUUUAGGCUAGUUUCCAGUUCCCCUAUUGAAAUCUGAAAAGUAUAUUGAAAAAGCAUUGGGGUUUCUUGUCUAUACUAAAGACUUCUUGCCUAGCUUGUCAUUUAAACGUAAUGUGGAAAUUGGUAUGAGUUUAGACCAAUUGUGUGUUGACUUCUUAAGGAAGUGGAGAAGCAGGCUAAUCCAGAAUGCUUAAAGUAAAUGUAUGCUUUGAACUAUCUCCCCCUCUGUUAUGCUCUUGACUAGAGUGGCUCUUGAUGCAGUGUUGGUCUAAUUUCUUUCAAACAUACUGAGAAUUGUCACCCUUUCAGCAGGGGUUUUUCUUUCACAGGGUGGUGUGUGGUGGUGAUGGUGGGAAGUAUGUUAUAAAUAAAUUGUCACACUUAACACUUUGCUUUGUUUAAAGUGACUUAUCUGAUUCCGAGUGAUGCAACUUUAAAGACUUUUAAAAACAAAGAAACUAAAAAGCACACAUGAAUCGCCAGUCUUCAGAGUGAGCAGUGAAAUCUAUGAGGUGUCCCAACACAAACAACUGACGAUGACCCUGCCUGCCUGCUUGCCUGCAAGUACCCCAUCUGAACUACCCAGGGCUGGGCAUGAUGAAAAGUGCAAAGUCUCCUUAAUUCUGUAUAUGGCUUUCUUAUCUGUCUUUCUCACUGUAAUUAUGAACUACUAUAAGCUUACUUAUUGGGGGUUUGUCAAGACACAAAGUUCAUGUCUCAAAGUCUGUUGACGGCCUGUGUGAAUAGUGACUCUUUGCUUUGGCACUUGAGUGGAAGAAAAUAGGGAAUUUUAAAUGAAGGUGUCUGUAUAUAUUAAGAACUGCUAUAUUUUAAGACUCUUUUCCCUGCAGUAGAAUGAAUUUUAUUUAAUGCUGCACCUCACUUCUGGUACAGUGUAGCAUCUUGUGGAGUACUGUGAGUGCAGAAUUAAAGACACCAGGAAGACAGCAGUCUGUGAUGCGUGAGACUUCCAGUGCAGAGAAGUACACCAGAUGUAUUGAAACAAUCCAGAAAGCACCACAGUGUGCCAUACAAGAGUCGUAAUAAACCUCUAUCAAAUGACCCAUGUAAUAGUAAAACACUUCAGCUGCUUUCCUGCUACACUGCUGUAACCUGCCUUUUUCCUUUGUUUCUUUUAUGAGGCUUGCUUUCCUUUAUGGUAUCUUGCUGAAACAAGAUCUAUUCUUCUGUUAACGAUUUAGCAAUCAUGGAAAAGGUGCUAGUCUGAGCUGCUGAUCCACAUGUCUGUUGGCAGUCUGAAACUACCAAAUGAGUAUUAGCUCCAGCAAAAUGACGACCAUUAGCUGCCAUAUUACAAUUUUCUGUCUCUUGACUAUAUGAGAACUGCGUGGCAAAAGAGUACUUUGUUCAUCUGUUUUAUAAAACUGAAACAGCCAGUGAUUUUCCAGUUACAAGGAGCAGCUUGAGUAUCAAGACCCUUGUGCUGGUGUGGGAGAGUAGAUGAAAGCUUGGACAGAUUGUGGGGAUGUUUAUUGUGUGUAGAAGAUGGAGGAAGUAGGUGGAAGUUCCCUUGUAAGAGUUUCAUCAGAAUAACAAGAAUCUACUCUUAUGUUAAGGAAGCUUAAGAGCUAAAUUUGUGUGGGAAGAAAGAGAGUACUUAAUUUCUGGGAAAGUAGUACAGCCAAAAUGGAGUUUGUAAGACAGGAGUGUAUUUGUGCCUGGAGAUUGAUAAACAGCAUACACCUCAAGAAAAAUAACCUUGAAAGCUUUCAGAAGCACAAGUGCCAAAAUUAUGAGGCACAACUAGUUACCAGCAAAGCUCAACACUAUCAUGUUCAAGUAUUUUGACUUUGCAUUUACCUAGGAGAUUCCACCCCUAAUUUCAGAGCAGAAAGGCAAAGAGAAAAAAGGUGCAAAGAAGCAGGUAAUGUAAAUUUUAUUUAAAAAAUAAUAAAAAUAUCAAACCCCAGAAUUCAUAACCAGUUUUUUUUAAGGCGUAGUCUUUGUAAAGAGCAUAUACAUUAAAUGCAGUUAUUGACCUAUUAUUUUAAUGGACCAUGUUCUGAAGUCAAGAAAGUGCUUUUAACUUUUUUGCUGGUUACAAAAGUAUACUUAUGAGUAUAUUAUUGUAAUUUGGAAUUCUAAAGCUCUGAGAUAAUUUUGGGGUAUUCUUUUCAAAUAGAUGAAUAGCAUAGUUCCAUGUUGCUGAAAUGUCAGCAUAUAUCUCUAUCUGUAUCAAGUAUUGCUGAUUUGGACUGAUAUUUUUGGUAUGUACUGGUUUUUGUUGUCAUUUUAUUUUGGUGAUAAAGGCCAAACCAUUACUUAAAAAAAACCAAAACCAAACAAACCCAAACAAAAAAAAAUCCUGAAACAACCAACCCUGACAGCAUGUAAAUGUAGCAACUCUUUUUGCAUUUAUCAUUUCUAUAUUUUCAGUUAGUUUCUUGAAAGUCAUGUUUCCUGUUGAAAUCACAAAGCUAGAGGGAUGUAGUAACUGGGCAAGGAGUUGCUAGUCCUUCAUUUGGGUCUUACUGCUUUAGGGAUAUCUUUUAAAUACUUACAUAUUAUAUAGAGGAUUUGGGUUUGCAGUAUGUAAUGCUAUCUUAACAGCAAAAUAGUCAGUGACAUUAGUAUGUGCAAUUCUAUUAGCUUUUUCUAUUGUAUUAAAAGCUUACACAAUUUGAAACUAACAGUGAAUGUUCAUUAGAUCUUUCUUUCAGAGAAGACUGUUAGUGAACUCUUGUGCUUCCCUGUAGGACAGUGCAAAUUUGCACAUUCCGUGAUUCAUCUGUCUAUGGGUUGCAAAACUGGAAAAUUGCUCUUUAGGUUGAGUGUGGCUUAACUUUUGUAGUUGGAGAUUGUAUUAUUUUUUUUGUUAAGAAGCAACAUCUUUAAAGAUAGAUGAGAAGGUAGUAACUAUUUAAAGGAGCGUAGGUAUUGCCAGGCAAAAAAUUAUGUGCAAUGCUGAAAUCCUUUCUCAGUUUUUGCAGUCUCAGGAAGUUAAGUUUACUGCUUCAGAGCUCUCUGUGCUCCUCUCAGAACGAUUAACUAUAUAAUCUUGUUUCUUUGACUAGGAUGACAGUCCUAUCUCUAGAUAACUUGGGUACGUUUUCAGAGUGGUCAUAAGAAGACCAAUAUUCUUUUAGCUCAAUUUGAACGUUAAAAAUUGACACAGUUAUGACGUUCUCUAGCCUUGGAACAUGCUCUGUAGAGGACAUAAGUGUGCCUGAUGCCAAUGUACCCCAUUCCAGCCGUAAAGGGACCAUCUCCAAGGGGAGAGAAUAAAGGGAGUGCCCCUUUCAGCAUCGCUGCAGGGAUUGCCAGUAAAGGGAGCGGGUUUUGACACAGCUGUACAUUCAUUAGGAAGUGGGUUGACACCAAAUGGCCAUUUCACAGUACUAACUUUGAAAAUAUAUAAACUGUUGAUGAGAUUUGUGGACAAUGAGUGUUGUCUUAUUCUACAAAAGAAACAGACUAUGAAUAAAUGAUGCGCAACAUUGAAUACAGUAUUGCUUUCGUACAUGGUCUUCUAAUCUACACAUAGUUAUAUCUCCUUAUAAUAAUGUGGGUUUGUAUUUAAAAAUUCCCUAGAAGCUUAAUCUUUCACCUUUUGCCAAGAUCUGCUCCCACUGAAGCCAGUAACAAAGAUCUUGUUAAUUCCCACAGGAAAAAGUCUUUACUCUCCCACAUGGGUAUCGUAAAGUUUUAGCAAGCACUGGAGUCAUGGGUGUCUUUGCUUUAUUCUGGAGCAUUCUGUGCUGGGAUCGAUUGGAUGUAUCUGAGAUUGCAGGUGUAGUGUUGGUAAACUGGUCCUAUCACUUCUUCAUUUACAUAGUUAGUGAUAGUUUUGAUAUUCAGAUAAGCUGAAUUCUGCCUUUUUUUUUUUUUUUCUUCCCCCCCCACCUGCAUGGAGAGGGUGAAAACAUAGUGUACUAUAAACUUGUGCUGGGAGAAGAAAUGUGUUGUGGGUUUUUUGUUUUUUUGGUUUUUUUUUAAGAAAAAAAGUUAAAUGUGGCUUUUUGCAGUUCUUCUAGUAACAUUUUAUGUCUUUUCUGAGAAUUCUUCAUUUCCCUGCUGUGCUGUUGAAAAGCCCAAGGUGUUCUAGCUGUAGAAAUGACUUUCAGCAUUAUCUGCAGGACUGCUACUAAUUGUACCAGAUUCAUUUCAAGUUGGGAGGUGCAGUGGAAGGCCAGCAGCUUUGGGAAUACUGUAAUAAAACCACUUGUGUGAAAAAACAUUUUUGUGUAGACAGCAGAAAUAAUGGACUUGCACAGAAGAGAAUAUUGCUGCUUCAGCCUUGUAAGCCUCCUCAGCAUAACAGGGCUUUGUUCCUUGUGAUCAGAUGCCUUCAUUUUUAAUGAGAGUGGAGGUAUCUCGGACCUUUGUAAAAUCCAGAUAGGCUUUUGUUCAUCCUUACAGUUUUAGCUGCUAAGCACAAGAUGAAAAAUGCAAAUUUGUCUUAAUGCAUAAAUCUCAUAUUUUUGGCAACCUACAUCUAAAUCCAUAAACAGCAAAAUCAUUUGUUAAUGCUAGUGUUUUGCCUUUGGCAGCACUGCAAGACACUGGCUGGCUUUCUAGAUGUUCAGAUAAUUACCCUAAUCUGUAUAUCUGCCACUGUAACACGGUGAAGAUAGAUAAACUCACAAUGAAAGACUGGGGAAAAAGGUAGAAAGAAUAGGCACAACUAAACUUCUGUGGCAGUGCUAACAUAACGCUAAUUGAGAAAUUACAAUUAUUUAAUUCGUGAUAAUGCAGAUUUGUCACACAAUGUAAUUUUUUAGUUUGAUAGUAUGCUGUUCCCUCGUGAAUCACUUUUGGAAUGCAAACUUCUUAAAGUUCAAGCAGCUACAGGGGAAAAGGAAUCCUUUGAGGAAGAUAAACAUAUAGACAGACAUAGAUACUUGGCAAGGAGAGUAAAUAAUGAAAGCAGGAAGGGAAGAGUAUUGCAUGAGUCUGACCUGAAUGAGAUUGGUAAAACUGAAGCCUCACUGUUUACAAUUUUAGGCCAAUUUGGAUCCCGUCAGUUUAGCAUCAUACAGAAGAUAUGUACUUGUUGAUGUUUUGGGAAUCUCCUUUUUCUGAUCUCAUUUCCACAGUCCAGAAGAAAGUGAAAGGAAUACACGGGUAGGGAGGAGAGUUACUGCGGAAAGGCAUGAAAAAAUAGCUGUUGCUUUAAGUGUGCUGUUGCACUGGGACUUGACCUGCCGAUGUGAACUGAAGCUGUUGUGUCAUGAGGAAAUUACUAUCUGAGGCCCCAGUAUUUUAAGGCCUCAAUUCUGCUGUCAUUUCUGUGUGGGAUGAGCCCUGUACCUGUAGAGAACCAUGUGGACUUCACAGGAUCUGUUCUUGAAUGCGAAGCUCUGCCCAGGCAGUCAGCUGCAGAAUUGUGUCCUUAACACACCAUCAGUUGUAGUUAUAAGGCUGUUGAUAGUGAGUGUAAUUUGGGUGCCUAUUACAUAGUCAAAACCCUUGUUACUUCAUUUUCCCAACUAAGGCAUGAGCAGAAGCCCUUCGCUGUACAACAUCUGUAAAAAAAAUAAUUAAAAAAAGUACUUUGCAUACAUCUAGUAAAUUAAGGCAUGUGAUUUUGGUCUGUGGGUCUCAACAAAUUUUGCUUGUGUACCUGCUUGAAUGUUUUCUUAGAUCUGCAGCUAUGUCUCAGUGAGAAGGUAUGGUGGGAUUUGUUUUCCUGAGGGGGCAUGAUAGCAGCUCUUGUCUGUCAUGCUGCGGGUGACUGCUUGCUACUGGCCAGGAUCAUGGAUGAAUGCAUCCUCUGCACUUUUAUGUGAAGUCGUCUGAAAUAUGGUGAUUAACAUGAAUUAUUGGAAUACUGUAUUUUGUAUAACUUAGAACAUGUAAAUACACUUUUAAAACUAAUCUGUUCUAUGAAGUAAUAAAUAAGUGCUUCCAUUGUAAUAUCUGAAUAUUGUUAAUGCUUCAUGUAGCUUGAUUUGGGAUUAUUUUUUUCCUAGAGAACUACAGAAAUCAAAGAUUGAUGUUGUGGAAUUCUAGUCUAGUUGUGAUGCUUUCUAUCAACAAACAAUGUUUUAAAAAUAAUAAUGAGCUACUUAAGCAGAGAAACUGAGAAUUUGAGGGAAUUGAUUCUCUUCCAGUCUUUCUUUAACAGUAGUCACUGAUGACAUUCAUAACUGUACUCUUCCCAUCCCAUUAGCUGGACAGUCAAUUUGUGGUUUGUGAGCAGCAUUUGGAAAGUGGCAAUAUUAAGUUAUUUGUAAAGCUUAGUGAUUGAAGAAACCUAAAGUUUUUGGGGGUUUGGUUUGUUUUGGGGUUUUUUUAACUAUUCUCUCUUUUGGCUCAAACAGAUCUGUCUCCACCCUUCAGCCAGACUGCAGCAAGUUGCAAUGAAACAGUGAGUGACUGUUACUGAAGCUCAUUUGUAACCUAGAUAGUUUACAUCUCUAUUAGUUCUAUUAUGUACAUAGAUGACACAGGUAUCCUGUUGUGGUGUGGAGAGAGAGAAAGUGAUUAAUGACUUGAGGUUUUGCUGAGUACAUGUUCACUGGAUGCUGCACAGCUGGAACUUUCAUCAGCUUUCAUGACCUUUUCUAUCUCGUGUUAAAAGAAAAAAAAACCCAACAAACCAGUGGAGUGAGAAUCAUGAGUGGUCUGCUAGGAAAUAUGAACUCUUGGGUUUUGAGGAGGAGGUGAGAUUGAUCCAUCAGCCUUCAUCUAAAGCGACUGGCUUGUGAUGACACUUUCUCCAGCCAUAAUAUAACUUCUUUGUCUUUAAUGCUGUACCAGAGCAGUCUCCUCUCGUAACAGCUGCAUCUGCAGUGUUCCAUAAGUGACAAAGCCACAACAUCUUUUGUAGUGGGCAGAGAUGGUGGCAUCUCUUUUUCCCCUUUUUUUUUUUUUCCCUCCCCUCUCAGUGUUUCUAGGCUGUAAAAUAGCUAUGAAACAGCUAAGCAUAUGUGCAAGUUAUUCAGAAAACUCUGUUCCUGCAAAGCUGUUUCAGAGACAUACAUUUUUUAACUAAAUAGCUCGAGGGAACUCCUAUCUGCUAUAUUUGGCCUGAAAUUCUGUUGCCUCUUGGAUAAAAGUAUUUUUUUGGCUUCAGAUGUGACACUGAUCUGUCUCAUUCAGUGAGAUGGAUGAUAAAUCUGCACAGUAUUUAUAUAAGAUAAAAAUCUGAUCUUAGUUCUACUGUGUAUUAAGUUGUUUAAUCUCUUGGAUAUCUACUCCUUGAGGAUGUCUGUAUAAUUCCUGUAAAUGUAACUGCUUUUUGAAGCAGUCCAAGUGCAUUUGAGAUCAUCCUGACUGAAAGAUUCUAUAGAAAUGAAAGAGAUGAUAAAGAUUGUAGAGUGGCUGGGUAAAACUGUAUUGCCAUAAAUGGUUUUUAAUUUAUAUAUGAAUCUCUUUCCCAAACUGCUUAUUUUGUACAUAAACCUACACACUCUUGGCAGCUGAUGGGUAAAAAUAAAGGUGCUUAAACAGCAAUCUAAUGAGGAAAGGGCAUUUCACUGUUGCAGAGUUGGUAUUAUUUUAUAUUUCCAUUUAUUACACUUUUUUAAAUGUAUAAACCACAGAUUUGAAUUCUCAAAGUCUUCAGUGUGGAUUUUGUGAGUAGUUUAAAUCCUCUCACCUCUCUGCUCGUAACUGGUUUUUAAGAAAAAGAAAAGCUUUUGUUUAAAAUGUAAAAUUUUGACUGUAUUAAAUUCUGUUAGUACCCUUCCUUUUUAAGAAAUAAAAUGUAUAUUCCACUA